AUGGUUAGAGAUCGAGAAUACCUGCGAGUGACGCCUAUGAAGGGAGUGAAGAGAUUCGGGAGGAGGGGUAAGCUUAGCCCCAAGUUUAUUGACCCUUUUGAGAUCUUGAGAUGGGUAGGGGAUAUAGGUUAUGAGUUGGCCUUGCCUGCAGCAAUAUCAGGUGUUCACCUUAUAUUCCAUGUUUUUAUGCGGCAGUACAUUCUAGAUGAGUCUCACAUGCUUCAAUGGGAUUCAGUUCAGUUUGAUAAGUCCUUGGCCUUUGAGAAAGGGCCUGUGGCUAUUUUGGACAGGCAGGUUAGGAAGUUAAGGUUUAAGGAUAUUUCAUCAGUGAAAGUUUAG